AUGGCUAUCAUUUCUGUUAUACAAUUUACAUUGCUCCUUGCAACAACAAUCAUUGUGUGGGCUCAACAAGCAAAAGUAAGGGACUCGGAUUUACCUUAUGCAAUCAAUGAUUUACGUCUCAAGCCGGACUUUUGUGCUGGCUUUCGCAUUACUUACCCUGCCAAGCAUGGUGAAAAAUUGAUAUGGGGCGAGAUGGGAUACCUGAGUUGGGAGGUCGAUACAGAGAUGGAAAAGUCACCUGAUUUAAUUACACGCAUCCGUUUGGUCGACGAUAUUGGAAGAAACACUCAACUCAUCGGCGAGAAUAUCACUAUUCGCACGCAUGACAACAAAGGUGCUCUUGUCUUUCCGGUUAAUGUGCAUUACGUGCAAGGUCUCCAAAAUUACCGUAUUGCUGUUCAACAUCCUGGUGAAGCUAUUCAUUGUGUUUACGAGUCUGUGCCACUCAAUGUCGUACCGCGUGGAUAUGAGCGCUACACCAAUCAUGACUCGGCAAUACCAGCAUUUGCAGUACCCAAUGCACGCAGGAUCAUGGCGGCAUGA